CGGGAGGACACGCUGCUGGCUGUGCAGAGGAAACAGGAGCAUCGGUGGGGUCGCUCUGGCGCCUCGGAGUGGGCGGCGGAGGCAGCAGACCUUCUCCCGGCUCCGGGACCUGCCAGCGCUGGGGAUUCCUCCUGGGCAGGCGCUCGCCCUCUCUUUUAUGGAGCUUGGGCCCCAGCCCCAGCCCAGCAGAGGCUGUCUACUAUCAGGAAGCCUGGUUCCUAGCCCCCGGGUUCAUCUCUGGCUGCAGGGAGUAGAGGCUCCAGCGAGGUAGCGGUGGCCCACAGAGGUCCCCUGGCCACAGCGAGCCAUGGGCCAGAAGCUCUCUGGAAGCCUCAAGUCGGUGGAGGUGCGAGAGCCCGCGCUGCGACCCACCAAGCGGGAGCUUCGAGGCACAGAGCCCGGGCGGCCGGCGCGGCUAGACCAGCUGCUGGACAUGCCGGCAGCCGGGCUGGCUGUGCAGCUGAGACACGCGUGGAACCCCGAGGACCGCUCGCUCAAUGUCUUUGUUAAGGAUGAUGACCGGCUCACCUUCCACCGGCACCCUGUGGCACAGAGCACUGAUGGCAUCCGCGGCAAGGUGGGCCACGCCCGGGGUCUGCACGCCUGGCAGAUCCACUGGCCAGCGCGGCAGCGGGGCACCCACGCGGUGGUGGGUGUGGCCACGGCCCGCGCCCCGCUGCACUCGGUGGGCUACACCGCACUGGUGGGCAGCGACUCCGAGUCCUGGGGCUGGGACCUGGGCCGCAGCCGCCUCUAUCACGACGGCAAGAACCGGCCUGGAGUGGCCUACCCUGCCUUCCUGGGGCCGGACGAUGCCUUUGCUCUGCCCGACUCCCUGCUGGUGGUGCUGGACAUGGACGAGGGCACACUCAGCUUCAUCGUGGAUGGACAGUACCUGGGAGUGGCCUUCAGGGGCCUGAAAGGCAAGAAGCUGUACCCGGUGGUGAGUGCAGUGUGGGGCCACUGUGAAGUCACCAUGCGCUACGUCAAUGGCCUUGAUCCCGAGCCCCUGCCGUUGAUGGACCUGUGCCGGAGAUCCAUUCGCUCAGCUCUGGGCCGACAGCGCUUACGGGACAUCAACUCUCUGCCUCUGCCUCAGUCUCUCAAAAACUACCUGCAGUACCAGUGAACAGCGCCAAAGGGCUGCGUGGGGCUUUGCUGUCAUCAACAGUCACACAAGCACGUUUGUGGCUUCCGGAGUGCCAGGGCGUGUCACUAACUUGGAAAGGGGGUGCCUGUUGCCACCAGUAUGGACUGCCCAUGAAGCAACUGCCCAGGCAGAAAGGCUGUCACCGUCCAGGAUCUGGCAGCCACCGAGUCGAUCUAGUUGCAGAAAGAGUUCUUAUUCAAGAGAAUGAAUAAAACAUUUGGCAGGAGAUGGCAUCGUGUGCCCCGCUGCAGACAGGCCCAGGAAAAUUAGCCAGUGGCAAGAAAAUUGCCUUUGAAUAAUGAAUGAAGGAAGCAGCUCCUUGCUGGUCCCCUCCCUGUCUUCCCUGGCUGGGACAGAGAGGUUGUCCCUACAUUUUGAGACUCGGUAUCACUUUGAGAGAUGGGUCCCUAGGGAUGUCUCGGGCAGAAGUGGCCACAGCAGCACUAAGCACCGGGAUUCCCUCUCUGAGCUGGCUUCCUUGCCCCUUCCCUGCCCUCUUCAGCCAUGAGUAAAGUCUGAUCACCCCAGCCCCUCUCUAUUCAGGGACAGGAAUCUGAUGACAGCCCAGGGACAGAGCUUCUUCCUGGAUAUGAUCAUUGAAAAGAUGAGAGUGGUAGGAUGGCCUUCAUCCAAAGGUGCUAAUGAGGAUGGGGACCUUGUGACAUCAAGUCUGAGACAUCCUGGGAAUGGGAUGCCCUCCUGAGUGCCCAGGGCUCUGGCAGCCAUCCACUCAGGGUGAGGUCUGGCUGUUACAAAGCUUUCUUUGAGCAAAAUAUUUUUUCAAUUCAGAUGACUUCUACAAGUUUGUUUCUUGUUUUCACUGUGUGUGUAUAAGAUGUGGUUUAUUUAUCAGCUGGGGCCCAUGGUGACUGGAAGGGCAGGUGUGAGACACACGAUCUCUGCCCACCUCAAGAUCUGUCAUUUCAAGGAUCACUGCUGUUGCUGUUGCUGCCAGCGCCACCAUUUGGGAUGCUCUCCACAGGCUCCUUUUUAACUGGAAUUCGUCACAGCGUGGGAAACUACAGCCAGAAGGCACAGACCCCACUUUAAUGUGAAUGUGAUCCACAAGCAAGGAACAUGUCUAAUAAAGUUUGUCAUUGUGUCCUUGA